GAGCAAGGUGAGUAUAUAUAGUCUCGUUCGGAACCCUAGCUUGUUCUUCAUCGCCUGCUCAUUCUCAGUAGGGUUUACGAAACUGCAGCUACCUGUUACAGCUGGUGUAUAUCACCCAGCCACCUCCUCCGCACUACUCUCGUCUUCUUUGCAAACAUGGCUGUCGGGAAGAACAAGAGGAUUUCGAAGGGUAAGAAGGGAGGGAAGAAGAAGGCAGCCGAUCCCUUUGCCAAGAAGGAUUGGUAUGACAUCAAGGCUCCUUCUCUCUUCAACCAAAGACAAGUUGGCAAAACCCUCGUCACCAGAACUCAGGGAACCAAGAUUGCUUCUGAAGGGCUUAAACACAGAGUGUUUGAGGUUUCCUUGGCUGAUCUCCAGAAGGAUGAGGAUCACGCUUACAGGAAAAUCCGUUUGAGAGCUGAAGAUGUUCAAGGGAAGAAUGUUCUCACAAACUUCUGGGGAAUGGACUUCACCACCGAUAAGCUGAGGUCGCUUGUGCGCAAGUGGCAAACACUUAUUGAGGCUCAUGUGGAUGUCAAGACCACUGACAACUACACCCUCAGGAUGUUCUGCAUUGCUUUCACAAAGAGACGUGCUAACCAGGUCAAGAGAACCUGCUAUGCCCAGUCCAGCCAGAUCCGUCAGAUUAGAAGAAAGAUGAGGGAAAUUAUGAUCAACCAGGCCACAUCCUGCGACCUUAAGGAUUUGGUGAACAAGUUUAUUCCUGAAAUGAUUGGUAGAGAGAUUGAGAAGGCAACGUCUAGCAUCUACCCACUCCAGAAUGUCUUCAUUCGCAAAGUGAAGAUCCUUAAAGCUCCCAAAUUCGAUCUUGGCAAGCUGAUGGAGGUUCACGGUGAUUACUCCGAGGAUGUUGGAGUGAAGGUUGACAGGCCAGCUGAUGAAACAGCGGUCGAGGGUGAGGUCACCGAGGUCGUCGGAGCAUAAUGAAAUUCAAAAUUUCUUUUUUUGUUAAAAUCAGGAACAUUUAAGCCAGUCUUUCAAUUUUGCGGGUUUGUGUUUGACGAGUAGAAUUUUGUAUUGAUGGAUAUUUUGCUCUAAUUUGACUUAUUCAGAGCAAAUACUGCCUAGAAAAUUUAAUCGGACAUGGUCGUGUAUUGUCUUUGCUUAUUUAUAGAUUCCAUACAUGUUUGAUGAUUC